AAUAAUAAAUUUCCCCUUUUCACUUUUACUUUCAAUUACAAUAUGUCAUAUUCAAAAGUAUUUUCAGGGGAUUUACCUGAAUUAACAUAUGAAAUUAUAAAAUAUUUUCAGAAUGAUAUUUCAACUUUACAUUCAUGCAUUUUAGUUAACAGAUUAUGGUGUCGUUUAGCAAUUCCAUUAUUAUGGAAAAAUCCAUUUUCAUUUCGUACCAGAAAUUAUAAUUUUAUUGAAAUUUACUUACACAAUUUAAAUAAUGAUUUAAAAUCAAGAUUAAAUGAAUACAAAAUUAAUGAUAAUUCAUUACCUUUGAAUACACUGUUCAAUUAUCCUAGGUUGUUAAAAUAUUUGAAUACUUUUAAUAUUGAUUCUUGUGUUGAGAUAUGGUUUGAAGUUGCUGUCAGGACAUCAAAACCAGGAAAUAGAUAUUUUUUGAAAGAUUUAAGUAGUUAUUCAGUAUCUGAUUUUAAAAGAUUGAUUAAUAUAUCAUUAUUUAAAAUAUUUAUUGAAAAUGAAGUAAAUUUACGUACUCUUGAAAUUGAGAUCCCAAAUAUUUAUAGUAGUAAAUAUCUUAAUUAUAUUCUUGAAAUAAUUUUACAAAAUACAAAUUUCAUUCACAAUAUUAGAAAUUUAAAUCUUUAUAUUAUCAAGUCAUCUAACGUUUCAGAUGACAAUAUUAAUAAUGAAUAUGAGUUAAUUGAGAAUCGUGUAUCACAAAUUAUUAAUUUACAUCAAAAUACCAAAAAAAUUUUAUUAAGUAAUGAUAAUAUUCCUUUAUUUCAAUCAUUAUUAUUAUCAAAACAUUCUAAUUGUUCAAAUACCUUAAAUACAAUUAUAUUUUAUUAUGCCAAUCUUAAUGGUAUGAUCAAUCUAGAUAAAAUAUUUAAACAAUUAAAUGUUUUGGAAUCUGUUCAUAUAAUUUAUUGUUAUUCUUUAAAUACUCGUUUUAUUCAACAAAUUAUUAAUUUAACUAAACCGAUUAAAUUAAAAUCUUUAUUUAUAAAUGAUUUAUCCCAGGUUGAUAAAUCAUUACCAUUAUUAAUACAGAAAUAUGGUGAUUAUUUAGAAAAUUUUGGGUUUGUACUUGGAGAUCUAUCACAAAAGCAACAAUUAGGGGAAUUAAUUAUAAAAUAUUGUAAAAAUAUAAAAUUUAUUGAUUUCUAUGAAUUUGAAAGUAAUCAUCAAAUAAUAACCAAUUAUAUUGAAAAUAUUAGACAAAAUCUUAAUUAUCUUUCAAUCAAGAUAGUAUAUGAAGAUCCAAAUGGUAAUGGUGAACGUAGUUCAACCUUAUUACAAAAUUUAGGACAAACUCUCCCUUCUAAACUUGAAUACUUAAGUUUGACUCUCAGAAUUAAAGAAAAUGAUUUUAGAGUAUUCUUGGAAAAUUCUCAAAAUAUUUUUAUUAAUAAAUUGAAAAUAAUGCAAGAUGAUAGUUAUAGUAAUAUCUUACAUUGUAUAAAGGAAUAUAUUAUGAAGGAGAAAAGAGUCAACUAUUUGGCUAUUAGUAAUCAUAGAGGGGAUGAUUUGUAUUUCUUUAAAGAUGAAGUGAAGGAAUUUAAUUUAUAUAAUAUUAAAGUUCUAAAUUUUUAUGAUUUAGCUUUAGCUUAUAAUGCUUAUAACUUAGUAAGAAAAAUUGAUUGAUUAUU